AUGACCUACGGGACCGUCAGCGCCGUCAACGGCCAUCACGAAUACUCUCAGGAACCUGAUGUCUGGAAGCGUGCUCCCAUCCUCAAAGGCACGACUCACUUCGAGCCGCGGCCGGGCGUCCGGAAUAUCAUGGUCACUGGUGGUGCCGGCUUCAUUGCAUCUUGGGUCGUCCGCCACCUCACCCUCACCUACCCUCAUGCCUACAACAUAGUCUCCUUUGACAAGCUCGACUACUGCUCCUCCCUGAAUAACACGAGGGCCCUCAAUGACAGACGCAACUUUACCUUCUACCACGGCGACCUCACCAACCCUCCCGAGGUCCUCGACUGCAUGGAGCGCCAUGAAAUUGACACGGUGCUUCAUUUCGCUGCCCAGUCGCACGUCGACUUGAGCUUCGGCAACUCCUACAGCUUCACGCACGCCAACGUGUACGGUACGCACGUCCUUCUGGAGAGUGCCAAAAAGGCUUGCGUCAAGCGCUUCGUUCACGUCUCGACCGACGAGGUCUACGGCGAGGUCAAGGAAGGUGAUGAUGACCUGCAUGAAUCGAGCAUUCUUGCUCCGACCAACCCCUACGCUGCGAGCAAAGCGGCUGCCGAGAUGCUUGUUCACUCGUAUCUCAAGAGCUUCAAGCUUCCAACCAUUAUCGUGCGCAGCAAUAAUGUGUACGGCCCUCACCAAUAUCCUGAAAAAAUUAUUCCCAAGUUCGCGUGCCUUCUUGGUAGGGGCCGCCCAGUUGUGCUGCACGGCGAUGGACGGCCUACGCGUCGAUACCUUUACGCCGGAGACGCGGCGGAUGCCUUUGAUACCAUUCUGCACAAGGGCCAGGUCGGACACGUCUAUAACGUCGGUUCCUCUGACGAGGUGUCCAACCUUGAGCUCAGCCACAAAAUCCUCGAUGCCAUGGAGGUCGACAUCGACAAUCCCGAUCGCUUCCGCAAGUGGAUCAAGUACACCAAGGACAGACCGUUCAACGACCGCAGAUACGCCGUAGACGGCACUAAACUGCGGAAGCUUGGUUGGGAGCAGAAAACAUCUCUCCAAGAGGGGCUUCAGACAACUGUCGACUGGUAUCGACAAUUCGGAGAGCUAUGGUGGGGCGACAUUAGCCAUGUCCUCACACCUUUCCCAACUGUCAGCCAGGGCGAGAUUAUGCCGGACGAUGCCCACUCCAUGAAAGACGAGCCACCACAGCCCGGCGAUGAGUGCCACACGACAGUGAAGAAGACAGACGCCGAGACAAACAGCUUAUAUUGA